UCUAACAUGCCGUAACCCAAGGUGCUGCAGUAACCUCGUCUCGAUUGGGGGAGGGAAAGAUGAUGCGGAAGAGAGGUCUACAAAGGUGGCGAGCUGAAACUUCAUUCUGCGUUUUUGUUCUACUUCCAGUCAAUGAAGAGGCACUUUGCAUCGGUAGCCUCCUGCAUGAGCGUAUCCUAUUGCACAGGGCUUAAAUGAUACCCGAUUUGAUGUGGAAUCCGUGACGUGCUGGAGACUCGUCCUCCCAACCUGAUACUUAACUCUCUCCAUCCCUUCCCUCCUUGAGCACAACUCAUACGAGCGUGAUAAACUCUCCUCUGCCCCCAAGUGGCGAAUAAACCAGUUUCCGUUCAUCAAGAUGCGUCUCUUCCCCCUUAUCAUCACUCUUCUCGCCUUCAUUCAGGGCUCGCAUGCCUUUCUCUUCUUCUGGUGGAUUCCGCUCCCUAUCUUUGUAAACAACCGCGGAGGUGGCGGCGGUGGCAGCUGCAACUCUUGCUGCGAUCCAUGUCACGAGACGGUAGCUCAAUUCAAUCAGCGGAAUUCAGCCUGCAUCAACACUGGUUCUCUCGGCGGCGCCGCCACGGGAUGUCAAUGAUACCUUGCCCCGGGGGUGAAGGUGAAGCGAGAGACGAUGGUCGUCUGAGGGUGUUAACUCAAGUGAUCGGAGCUGAGUACUGGAAACGUGCAGCUGAGAUUGGGAGUUUCUGCUUCAGGGGACCGUGGAGGGUUGUGAAUUACAGGCUUAGGCUUUUAUAUUUUGUUUUUCAUUUAAUCUCCAACUUGCCUGUUGCCGUUGGUAUGUGUUCAGCUUUUAUGUUUACAUUAUAUUAUCUACGCCAUAUCGAAGCGGAAUUCAUGAAUGUCUUCUCCUGAAAGCA